AUGGCUUCUGCGGCUAUAUUUUCAUCGUUGCGCCGGCGAAGGUCACCUUCGGUGGAGGCGUUUCUCGCUCCGGUGGAUCUACCAAACACGGCUCUGUUGGAAACUUUACGUGCUGUUUCUGGAGAACUGAUUUCAUCGUUCUCAGCUGACAAUAAAAUGUUGCCGUUUUUCCAGCGGAAGAAUUCCAGAUCUUUAAUCCGGAAAAUCCAGGUUCUUUCUGUUCUUUUGGAUUCUUUUCGCGAGAUGGGCUUGUCAAAAAUGGCUUCAACGGUGUUGUUAUGCUUCAAGGAGUUGUACCUCCUACUUUAUAGAUCGAAAAUCCUGCUUGAUUAUAUCAAAUAUUCGAGUAAAUUAUGGCUCCUGCUUCAAAACCAAUCGAUUUCGGGUCAUUUCCAUGAUCUGAGUCAGGAAAUCUCGACCCUUUUGGAUGUUUUUCCCAUAGAAGUUAAUUUAUCCAAAGAUGUAAAUGAACAAGUUGAAUUGUUACGAGAACAAUCAAGAAAGUCGAAGUUGAUGAUUGAUAAGCAUGAUGAUUCCUUGAGGUUGAAGCUUUAUUAUUACUUGAACGAAUUUGAGGAUGGUAGGAUUCCUGAUCCUAAUGAACUGCGCUCCUUUUUAGUGGAAAAAUUGGCAAUUUGCGAUGCUAAAAGUUGUAGAAUUGAGAUUGAAUUUUUGGAGGAGCAGAUUGUGAGUCAUGAUGGGGAUAUUGAGCCAACUGCCCCGAUUCUUAAUGGAUUUGUGGCUUUAAUGCGGUAUAGUAGGUUCUUGCUGUUUAGAUUUGAGAAUGACGAGGGUGAAUUCGAGUGGAAGCAUAAGAAGAACAAGAAAGGGUUGAUUACUAGGGAGAUAGCGGAUACAUUCGUCACAAUCCCCAAAGAUUUUUGUUGCCCGAUAUCAUUGGAUUUGAUGAGGGAUCCAGUGACUGUGUCAACUGGUCAGACAUAUGAUCGGGAGUCAAUAUCAAGGUGGAUGGAGGAAGGGCAUCUUACUUGUCCGAAAACAGGUCAAAUGCUUGAUCACACUCAUCUGGUGCCAAAUCGAGCUUUAAGGAAUUUGAUCACUCAGUGGUGCAUGGCUCUUGGAAUUCCACAUGAUACACCUGAGAGUUCAGUUUCGUCUGUUGAAAGUUUUGUGGCUGGUUCACCAAGCAAGGCUGCUAUUGAAGCAAGUAAAGCUACAGCUAGUCUUCUUGUUCAACAGUUAGCAAAUGGUACACAGAGUGCAAAAACUGUUGCUGCGAGGGAGAUAAGAUUGUUGGCUAAAACUGGAAGGGAAAAUCGGGCUUGUAUUGCCGAAGCUGGAGCCAUACCCCAUUUGAAAACACUGCUUAUGUCAGCGGAUGCCUUCGCACAAGAGAAUUCUGUGACUGCAUUGCUUAACCUGUCUAUUUAUGACAAGAAUAAAUGCCAGAUCAUGAAUGUAGAAGGGUGUUUAGGAUCCAUAGCCAGAGUUUUAAGAGUUGGACACACAAUUGAGGCUAGGGAAAAUGCUGCUGCCACAUUGUUCAGUCUAUCUUCUGUUCAUGAAUAUAAGAAAAGAAUAGCGGAAGAAGAUGGGACAGUAGAAGCCUUGUCCACGCUGCUGAAGGAGGGAACACGUCGAGGUAAAAAGGAUGCUGUAAUGGCCCUAUUUAAUCUUUCUACACACUCUGAGAAUUGUGCGAGAAUGAUCGAGUCAGGAGCUAUAACUGCUCUUGUCGGGGCAUUAGGAAAUGAAGAUGUCUCUGAAGAAGCAGCAGUGGCUUUGGCCCUGAUUGUUCGUCAGCCAAUUGGAGCUGAAGCAGUUGGGAACGAGGAAAUGGCAGUUUUGGGGUUGAUUGGAAUGAUGCGAUGUGGCACUCCAAGGGGUAAAGAAAAUGCCGUGGCGGCAUUACUUGAAUUAUGUAGAAGUGGUGGAGCAGCUGCAAUGGAGAGGGUGUUCAAGGCACCGGCGUUGGCAAGCUUGCUCCAGAGUUUACUGUUCACGGGGACCAAACGAGCACGAAGAAAAGCGGCGUCGCUUGCUAGAGUUUUCCAAAGGUGUGAAAAGGCCUCCUUGCAUUUUGGUGGGUUGGGUGUAGGGUAUGCAUAUGCUGGGAACUCAGCUGCGGAUAGGGAUACGAGUUUUGCUGGUGAUGUUUCAGUGCCAUUGUCCAUUUCAGUGCCUGUAUUAUAG